UUCGCAACAUCAGAGGUACUACAGAUACGUGGCGCCCGCCUUUGAGGAAUUUGUGGUCUCGCUUCUUGAAGGCUUAGUUUCCACCUUCAGUAUAACACCGAGGAAACCGCAGCUGUACAUCGGUGACAUGCUGAUGCUGUCUUACAAUAGAGGGUAAAUUUGAUAACAAGCAUAUGGAUGAAGAACUAUCUAUUAUAGAUGUGUUUGAUCUGACCACUCCAACCACUUGGAAGGAUCUUAUGGAUUACUAUGGUGCUAUUGAGAAACAUUGGAGAAUAUGCGUCAACUGCGGCAUCCCUACAUUAGGCACGGCCAUACACCUGGAGCACGCGGGCACUACAGGGUCCAUGCAACCGGCCGUCAUACCAACAGAAUAUCUACUCACACGAUUAGAGAUAGUGGACUUAACGUCACACAUCAAGUCGCAGCAGGCGGCAGUCAUAACUCUGGAUAUGGCAUUGCAGUGGUCAGCUCUCAAACACGACCCGAGGGAACCUACACUCAUACUGUUCAAGUUCGGCUGGAAGCGAUCCAUCACUUACAAGAGACGAUGCGUUUGUAAAAUACCCGGUCUAAGUUACGAGUUAGCGGAGUGGAUAGCGGCCAACAUGAGCCACGUGGUGGGGGUCGCGACUGACGCUCAGCGUGGCUGCAUGGCAAUAGCUAUGCCAUUGAAGAUGCUGAGUGCAAACUACGUGCCCACACGUCUUACGGCGUUCUGUCCCUCGCAGAAGACGGACCAGCACGUGGCUAUCGCCCUCAAGAAGUCUACAUACACUACGCAGAUCGUCGAGAGCAGAGUCUACGAUGUUCACUUAGAUGAAUUGAUUUAAAAUUAAAGUAAAUGAUUCUAACAUACUGAUUACAUCCGCAAUUUAUUAUGCAUUUUAUCAUUAAAGUA